AUGUUAAGAGAUGAAAAUUCUUCAGUUUAUGCAAGUCUUCUCGGUUUUUUUUAUCUAUAUGGAAUUGGAACAACAGUUGACAGAAAUUCAGCUCUCAGAUGGUACCAAAUCGGUGCUGAACAGGGAAUUUUUAUCGCUGAGUUUCAUACAGCAUUUUUUUAUAUCGAAGACAACAGACUAGAUGAGGGAUUUCGUUUAUUCCAAAAAUCCGCGAAUAACGGUUCAGAUAUUGCUCGACUAGGAUUAGGUUGGUGUUAUGAAUUCGGUUACGGUUUUCCUCAAGAUGCGAAGAAAGCAUUGGAACAAUUUCGUGAAGUAGCUCUACGAGGUAAUUGCGGAGGAAUGUAUUAUUACGCAGUAGCUCUUUCAGAUGGCAUCGACGGACAAGCCAACAUGAGCGAAGCAGAACUUUGGUUUAAAAAAGCUGCCGAAGCUGGCCAUUGGGAUGCACAAAAUACGAUCGCGGAGAUUUAUUGGUAUAAGAAACAUGAUUUACUUCGAGCUUAUUACUGGUUUUUGAAAUCUGCAGAGAAUUCGUGCCCGUACGCUCAACGAAACCUCGGGAGGUUUGAAUUUUGCGAGAAACAGGAUACACAUGCAGCAAUUAAAUGGUAUAGACGUGCUCUAGGUCAUGGAUACAUGACGAGUUUAUUAGAUUUUUUAAAUGGAUAA